AGGCAACACGCCGAGAGGGAUCUGAAGAGAGCGCGAGGGCGAGAGAACGCUGACUGACAGAGGGGGAAGGGGAGGCCGGUGAAGCGGUAGAUUGGACGGAGCAGAGAAAUCAAACCUGAUGUGCGGCAGUCAGCUGAAGACAGAGAAGGACAGAGACAGAGAAAACUGAAAAGAGGGCAGAGCGGUGCGGUAACGGAAGCGGUGUCGGGUUCACGGAGGGACAGACAACAGAGAGAAACGCACGCGGAGGCUGAGGGGAGCCUCAACAAGGGACUGUUCAUUAGGCACAUGGAUCACCACGCCACCAGGCUGUGACCUAACCAGACAUCCUUGACAUCAGAGCAGGAAAAUCUGUGUGUGUGUGAGAUUUUUCACCUUGGUCAUACGUGAGGAACAGGAGGACUCAAGCGGAGGGAGUUCACCGGCUUUGCUUCCCUCCCUCCCUGUUCUCCCCCCUCCUCUCUGCACCCUCCUGCCUCCUCUGAAUGAUUGAAGCCAUGCCCAUCGUGUCUGCAAGCACAGGGCUGCAUGAGACUCUGGCCCUGCUCACCUCUCAGCUCCACCCUGAUGCCAACCAUAAAGAGGACCUGGUCUUUCUCAAAGAUGUCUUCAGCGAGAAGAGCCUCGGUUACCUCAUGAAGAUCCAUGACAGACUGAGGCAGUAUGAGAAACACAGCCCAACUCCAGUUCUUCACAGCGCCUCCUAUCUAGCAGAGGAUCUGGCAGAAGAGCUUCAGAAUGGAGCGCUGGAGGAUGACGAGAGGGAACUGCUUCUCCUGCUGAGCACUCCUCACCUCAAGGCGGUGCUGUCAGCCCAUGACACAGUUGCGCAAAAGAAUUUUGACCCGGUGCUGCCACCGCUGCCAGAAGAUCUAGACGACGACCUGGAGGAAGAGUCAGUCAAGAUAGUCCGCCUGGUGAAGAAUAAGGAGCCUCUGGGGGCGACUAUCCGGAGGGAUGAGACGACAGGAGCUGUGAUUGUGGCCAGAAUCAUGAGGGGAGGCGCAGCUGACCGCAGUGGUCUGGUGCAUGUUGGGGAUGAGCUUCGAGAGGUCAAUGGAAACCUGAUAACCCACAAAAGGCCAGAAGAAAUUAGUCAGAUUCUGUCCCAGUCACAAGGCUCCAUCACACUGAAAAUUAUUCCAGCUGUUGCGGAAGACGACAAACUGAGGGAAAGCAGGGUCUACCUCCGGGCUUUGUUCGACUACACACCCUAUGAGGACAAGGCCACGCCGUGCCAAGAGGCGGGACUUCCUUUUAAGAGGGGGGACAUUCUUCAGGUUGUUAGCCAGGAGGACAGCACCUGGUGGCAGGCCAAGAGGAUGGGCGACUGUAACCUGCGCGCUGCCCUUAUCCCCUCCACACAGUUCCAGGAGAGGCGCCUGAGGUACAGGAUGAAAAUGGGUUUUUUUCCUGCCCCAGUGUCCCCCAAAACACCGACAUAUGAUCGUGCUGAGAGAGAAGACUGUGACAGCGAGGGUUCUCUGAAUGGGAAGAACGUAGCUGGCCUGCGCAGAAGUUUCCGCCUCAGGAAAGAUCGCCAGGGUUCUCCCGGAGAACCUCAAACUCCAGAAGCCAAUCACACAGAGUUCCUCAUAUAUGAAGAAGUAACGCAGUAUCUGCCCCGCCCUGGUGAAAGACCUCGUCUUAUAGUACUGAUCGGUUCCCUGGGAGCUCGCAUCAGUGAGCUCAAACAGAAGGUGAUCGCUGAAAACCCUCGGCGUUACGGUUUGGCUGUGCCUCACACCACUCGAGCCAGGAAGUGUCAAGAGAGAGAAGGAGUUGAGUACCACUUCGUCACUAAAGCAGCCUUUGAGGCAGACGUCCAGAAUGGCAAAUUUAUUGAAUAUGGGGAAUAUAAGGAUAAUCUGUAUGGCACCAGUUUGGAGUCCAUUCACAGAAUUUUGGAUCAAAACAAGGUCUGUCUGGUGGAUGUGCAACCAGAGGUGCUGAAGACUUUGCGUACUGCCGAGUUCAAACCAUAUGUCAUCUGUGUAAGGCCUCGUAUCUGUGACAGUCAAAAGAAGCCACUUGGAUCCUCUUCCUCCCUCAGCUUAGGAAUCACGGAGGAGGAUCUUCAGGAAAUGAAACAGUCGGCUGAGCGGAUGGAUGAACAUUACGGCCAUUGGGUGGACUACGUCUUGGUGAAGGACGACCCAGCCAGUGCCUUAGCUGAGCUCCAGGUUGUACUGGAGAGGGUGCAGAUGGAGCCUCAGUGGGUGCCUGUGUCUUGGGUGAAGCGCUAACCUGCUUAUCUGAGCUCAAGUUGGAUAAGUGGAACACUGUUGGGGGUGAUCCAGUGUUUACUGCCGGACUAACCACUCCACAAAUGCUAGAUGGCUGAGUGAAGUCAGUACCCUAAAACAUCUAAGAGCUGCUUAUUUUCAGUCUGAACAUCAAGUACACAUUUCUGUUUUCAAUUCUUGAGUGUAACAUGUUAUACAGUAUAUCUAAACUGUACAAUGGCAGUCUAACAGCUCCGACAGGCAUGUAGUACAAAGUUCUUAAAGCAAGCUGUAAUCAAAGAUCUGCACCCUGUAUGAUCAGUCAUGUGAGAUGCCUACUGUCAUAGCAGCUAUAAUGUGAAGUGCCAUAUCCAGCAUUUUAACUUAUAACGAAUACAUCUGCAGGUUAUCUCCUCAUGGUGGAGACUGUACUUAGUUAGUUAGUGUUACCUGACUUUAAAUAAGAAUUAAAAAAAAAGAGUAAAAACAUGUUUGUGUGUUGGUACUGCUAUUUGAAAGUAAUUAAUUACCUAGGAAAUAAAUGUGAGCCAUCCAGUA